AUGACCUCAGAUUACUUUGCUGACGGCAUAAGGAGUAAAAUUACAGAUGACACCACCCACCCAGACAGCUACUACGAGCCCGACUACUUUGUCCCAGACAACCAUGGGACGGCUCACCUGUCGGUCAUAGCUGAGGACGGAAGCGCUGUGGCAGCCACCAGCACCAUUAAUUUAUACUUUGGUUCCAAAGUGAUGUCUCGUUCAACUGGAAUCAUUUUUAACGAUGAAAUGGACGACUUCAGCUCUCCGCACAUGAUCAACGGGUUUGGAAUCCCUCCUUCACCAAACAAUUUCAUUCAACCAGGCAAGAGGCCUCUGUCUUCCAUGUGUCCUACUAUCAUCUUUGACAAAGACAACAAAGUGAAAAUGGUUGUAGGAGCGUCUGGGGGCACGAAAAUCACAACAGCCACCGCCUUAGUAAGUCUGAUUCAUUCACACGCAUCAUCUCCAUCCGACAGCCAAAACUGUCAGGUAUUUGAAGUCAUCCUGAACUCCUUGUUCUUCAACUAUGACCUAAAGAAAGCUGUGACAGAGCCGCGAGUUCACAAUCAGCUCAACCCAAAUAUGACAGUAGUGGAGCAGGGCUUUGAAAAGAGUGUUCUGGAGGGUCUGGUCCAGAAGAACCAUGUAACACAGCUGCUGCCGACUCCGGACUCCGUGGUCCAAGCGGUGGUGCGGCAGGGAGAGCAUCUCUGUGCGGAGUCCGACCCCAGGAAAGGAGGCUAUCCAGCAGGAUACUGA